GGCACACCAAGCCCUACCGAUUUCAACGAGCGAAGCCCAAAGGCGAAAGCAUCUCACUCGGACUCGCCAAGCUUGUAACGCGCCGAGCACGGAGAGACCCACGACCUAGGCAAGCUACCCUGAAUUUGUGUGGCUCGCUCGAUCCUGACUACACACGCAAAUUUGCCAGGCAGUUAGAGUGUGGGUCCCGGCAAAUUUUGACCGUCUGAGUGAACCCUUCGACCGCUGGUGGCUCUUAUAACUCAGGCACCCCAGAUCUGCAACAAGCAGCGGAGAGCUCGCUCAUCGCACCUCCAGGACUCUCAGUCUCAGGCGGUAUCUGGCGCGAGCAUGUCGCAAGCAGCGCUGCUUGAGAAGAAGCUAGACCUGAGCCUUGAUGACCUGAUCAAGCAGGCGCAUACCUCCAACAAACCGGCCGCGAAGGGCGCCGGGCGUGGGGCCGGGAACGCGCCCAAGGUCGUGGGCAAGGCAGCGGGCCGCGCGCCCGUUGCUGUGAAGGCUGGAGCAGCGGGCAAGCGCCAGCUGAUCCGUGCCAAGCGCCAAGCUCCUGCCGCUGCGGCACCUGCGGCUCAGCGCCGUGCGCCCAAGGUGCUGCAGGCGAAGCAGACGACCACCCUGAAGAAGGGUGCGGCGCCGGCUGCCCGUGCCGGCCGCGCCCGCGCGCCCGUGGCAGUGGGCCGUGCGGCCAACGUGCGCCAGAACCUGGCGCGGCGGAUCGUGAGCAAAGCUGUGGCGCCCAAGCAGCUCGCCGCGGCACCCCGCCAGCGCGCCGUGGUCCAGAAGGCCCGGGCGGCGGCCAACGCGGCCCUGGCCCCCCGCCAGCGCCAGCCCGUGGCCCGCCAGCAGGCGCCGCGCCAGCCCCGCCAGCAGAUUGUGUACGCUGCGCCUGCCCCCGCACCCCGCCGCCAGCAGCCGCAACCGCGCCAGCAGCAGGUGCAGGUGCAGCAGCCGCGCCAGCGCCCGCAGCAGGUACAGCAGCAGAAGGCGCCUGUCUCGCUGACCCGGCGCAUGCGGCAGCAGCGCCAGGACCGGCAGCAGGUGCAGCAGCGCGCGCCGCUGCGCGUGCAGGCCCAGCCGGUGCAGCAGCAGCAGAGACGCGGUGGCCAGCAACAGCAGCAACAGCAGGUGGUGGUGCGCCGCGUGGUGCCGGCGCCGCGGCAGCAGCAGCAGCGCCAGAUGCUGGGCCGCGUGCAGCAGGGCGGUGUGCGCAAGAACCAGCAGCAGCAGCAGCAGCAGGCGCCGCAGCGCCGCGCACCCGUGUUCACCGGCGCCAAUAACAACGCCGGCGGCCGGCGCCGCGGCGGCGGCCAGCAGCAGCCACAGCAGCAACAGGCGCGCACGAUUGUCGUGCAGCGGCAGCACCUGCAGCAGGCGCCGGCUCGCGGCAACAACCGCCAGGCCGGUGGCAACCGCGGGCGGCCUCAGCAGCAGCAACAGCGACAACGGGCGCCAGUGUACGUGGCGCAGCAGCAGCCGCAGGGCGGGCGAGGCGGCGGCGGCGGUGGCCGCGGCCGGCGCGGCCGCCGGUAAGCGGCGCGUGCUGUCGCCUCUCUUUGGGCAUGCAGUGAGGGUCGGAGCAUAGGUGGCGCCCCGAGUUGGACGGCUGGCAUGCUGGGAGUUGCAGCGUUACUCAGUAGCGGCCCAUGUAGUAGGUGUGCGGUGCGAUCUGGUGACACUGAAAUAGGACGAACACAGCAUAGCGUGGCCCUUGCAACAUGCAAGAUGCGGCCAGCAGACGAGUUGGGUUGCUGGGACACAUCAGGUGAAGGGAGCAACGAUGGGCUCGAUACGGUAACCACUGUUCGGGAGUGAGCGGACUGUUGUGAAAGUGCCUGCUCGUGGUGUAUGAUAGCAUGCAUGUGUGUGUAUGGGCUGUGGCGUGUCAGCACCUCUGCCCCCUGUUGUUUGAUUUUGGAUAUGAAGAGCUGCACUGGAGUGCAGCGACACGAACAGUAGAAUGGUCACGAUUCACGAGAGGUCAGGUGGCAUCCGUUCACAUUGAGCUGGUGCUAGGUCAGUGACGUACGCGGUCCGCAUGUGCGAGCUUGCACGGCAUCCUGUAAACAGAACAAUUC